UAUUUAUGUGGGGCCCGUUCAAGCGAAUAAAGUUCUAGUCAGGUAGAGCAACGAGUACGUGUUAUAUCCGUAAGAGAAGUAUUCUUGUAGGUGACAUUUGGCCGUCGCCGACCCACGUCUUUCGUCGAGUCGUCCGAACUCCAACCUCAAAUCUUCCCACCGACUUAAAAAGUGUUUGUUGUCGGGUGCUCGUUCCCUCCCAACCCCCAAAUGCCCCCUUCGCUCUUCCUCCUCCCUCGAUCCCUGCUCACAAGAAUCCCCUUCCUUCCACUCUCUUCUCGCGCGCGAGCCCUGACGAUGCCGGUCACAAGGCGCCCUUCGCGAUCCCUCGCAUCCGAGGCCAGGAGCCCCGACUCGAAGCUCGACCCAGGUACCGAAUGUCCUGGUGGCGUAUCUGAUCGAGAAAAGCGUGCUCAUCUGAGGAAGAAGAGGGUGAAAAGGAUUGUUGAAGUCGAUGAGAAGCGCGCCAAAGAAGAAGCUGCUGAUCGAAAAGUGUGUGACCUGAUUGACAUCGAAGAUUUUGCAUAUGAUAAGGUCAACCUAUCUGCGAUCUCCAAUGAUGUAAACCUCGACUCUUCUUUCCCUGCUUCUAAGAGGAAAAGUACACACCUAACUGAUGAGCCUAAAGCUGAUGCACCAGCAAAUUGGGAAGAAGUCCUUGAUGGGAUUAGGAAGAUGAGGUUUGCUGAUAGUGCCCCAGUAGAAACUAUGAGACAUGAGAAGUCGGCAAGUCUUGUGCCACCCAAGGAACAAAGAUUUGCGGUUUUAAUAUCUUCCCUUCUGUCAAGCCAAACUAAAGAGGCAGUCACAACUGGUGCCGUACAGCGUCUCUCUGAGAAGGGUUUACUGGAUGCUGAUGCUAUUGUCAGAACUGAUGAAGCUACAAUGGCAAGCUUGAUUUAUCCAGUUGGAUUUUACUUGCGGAAGGCCCAUCACAUGAAGAAAGUAGCUGAAAUUUGUCUUGAAAAGUAUGGGGGAGACAUCCCUAGGUCUAUAAAUGAACUGCUUGCACUUCCUGGAGUAGGUCCUAAAAUAGCCCACUUGGUUAUGAUUAUGGGAUGGAAUAAUGUUCAAGGGAUAUGUGUUGAUACUCAUGUGCAUCGUAUUUGUAAUCGACUAGGAUGGGUGUCACGUCGUGGCACAAGACAGAAAACUUCGAAUCCGGAACAAACGAGAGUAUCCCUGGAAACAUGGCUACCAAAGGAUUUAUGGGAUCCCAUCAAUCCCCUACUGGUUGAAUAGGCAUACUCAAAUUUCGCCCUCCGAUCAUUCGAGCACCAACUCCGGUACUAUUUUUCCUACUCAUUCUCUUUUUCCCAUAAAGAAUUAACAGCAUAAAAAUUAUAGAAAAAAAUCAAGAGAGUUCAGUUCCUUGCAGCAAGAUCUUCAGUUUCUAUCUUACAUCUUACUAGAAUAACUCAAGAUGUGUAGAGUUUUAUUUUCUUUUUCUUUAACAUUUCUAUUUUUCUAAAAAAAAAUAUUUAAUAAAUGAUCUAAUAAAUUAACUCACCAUUUUCCGGUCUACAACUUAAGUAUAUCUUUAUAUAUAUAAUAGCUAGCCAGUAUUUAUUUCCUGAUAUUACCAAACUAGAAAGUAGAUAGAUCAAGAGGACAACCACAAUGCUAGUGAAAAGAGAGAGAAAUUUCACUGCAGCACAAUGACCUGAUCAAAAGCUAAUAUUGACUAAAGAAAUCUCUACUGUUUCAUAAUGUGGUUUUGCUUUAACAUGAGCAUCAAACACAUGCCAAUAAGACUCGUCAGAAGCAGACUAUGAUAUAAGCCUACGGACUCUGUGAGGGUUCCAGCAACCAACUGGUGCACAACCCUGUUGCUCCAGGCAGAAAAGUUGGGAUUUGAGAUUUACCUCUAGAGAUUUAUUCCCAAUGCAGCAGUGUCUUUUGCCCAGUAACCCAAGCCAAAGAUGAUGACCACUCAUCUUAAAUGCUGUACUUGUGAUCAAUUUCUGACACCUCUUGUGGAUUUUAAUCAUUUUUGCAUAAAGCUCAACUGGACAUUGAUUCUGCUCAUCCAGGCAAUCUUCAUGAGCUUCAGCAUGCUUUGUGACAAUUCCAUCAGAAUUAUGUAAUGGUUGCAUCCCUACAAUUACCAUUGUCCUUUGAUGUUCAAUGGAUGAACAUCAAAUUCCUAUAAGAAGAUGAGAAAGAGGAAAUUGAUCCUCCACAUGUCUUGAUCCCUUCAUGACCAUCAAACUCAUUCAGGCCGACUCUAUUUUCAAUUGGAACUCCUUACAAGAUUCAAUCACAUAAAUCAAGCCCCUUUUCAGGUUGGUUUAACAACUCAGAACUGCUACUACCAUUUCGAGAUACAUCCAUCUUUUAAGUAGGGUCUUCCUUCUCUUGGAGAUAUUGCAUAUAUGUCUGUCCAAAGGAGCUUCCAUAGAUCUGCUAAAUCUCAGUGACGCCGAGGUUGUCUUCCGAGAAUCAUAGCCCCCACCUCUUGUUUCAUUCACAAUGAGCAGUAGCUGACUUUAGUGUCGGACUGAAAGUUCUACAUCUACGUCUCCGAAUGUCCUUCCUGUUGGCUUGCGGAAUAUGUUGGCAGGUUUUCAACCUCCAAGCAGCUAUACAAGUUGUCAAAUGGCCGAAAAAUAGGUUCAUCUGAAUCAUCGUCCCUACUCUUGACUUUAUCUACCUCACCUACUUAAGUUAGAGAACUAGAACUGGACGACAGAAUUUGGAGGUGUCGCAUGAUACUACAAGAAGGGCUCAAAAAAUCAGAAUCAAAGAUGUCAAAGUCAGUUUCUCUAUCAUAUAUUAGCUCUGAGUCUUUGCUCUCAAGGUCCAAUGAAGAAACCCAUAUGCCCAUUCUAGCUCUGUCCAUAAAUGUACCAGGCAAUGCACAUGAACUGUUACAAGAUGAUGGGUCUUCAAAUGAGGUCCUAUGUAGGAGGAAUUGGGGCUUUCUGAAUGGGCAACUGAGGAUCUCUUCGAUUAUUUCCAGCAACUUUUAUUUGUAUGAACUUCCUUCCCUAAACUUAAUUGUCCGCUGAGAACUAUGGACAUGUCACUUGUUGGACUAGACAUUGAACUAUAAGUAGCAAAAGUCUCAUUGCCCUCACGUAAGAAGAUACAAGGGCUUCCAGAUGAUGAUAUUGGAGAAAACUGACUCGGAAGAGAGAGAUUCAAACAAUCAUAGUUCCAAACAUCUUGUGUUUUAUCAGACCUUAGCAACAGUGAUGACAAACUAUCCCUAGAAGAUGUCUCAGAAAAUUAAUCUGAUCAUCAACAUCAAGGAUUCCUAGUUCUGGUUCUGUGAAAUUAACAGCAGUUUUCUUGUGGUGAUCUUGAACCAAGCCUGCCUUCUUAGCUUUUGAAUCAUUUUUCGAAAGAUAACGAGAAAUACUAUUUUCUGAUACUGACUUUGUUCUAGGUAAAACCACAUCUUUUGCUGUCAGUAAAUCUCAUCUUGUUCAAGUCAGAUGCCAAGAUAUCUAUCUGCAUGUCCACAAUCUACUAACCAUGCAAUAAAGGAAUAAUUGAAUGCAUGCAUCAACCCAAUAGCCGGCCGGCUAAGACAUGUUAGAGGACGAAAACUAAAUGACCCAAGCCACACAUCAGAAUACACUAUUGCACGAGAGCAGAUGAGCUUGUACAAAUUCACAAAAGACAGUCAAAGUUUCUGAUAACUAGUUAAUUGAAUCAAGACUUGUAGAGUUGGAGUUCAGUGACCAAGCUUUUACCUAUCCAAUAUGGUGAGAGUAGGUUCCAUCGUCUGUAGUUUGUGAAAUUCCAGAACUAGAAUAGCAAAAAUUAUGAACCUUGUUGGGCAAUUCAAAAUGCAGAAUCUCAGCUAAGUCAAAUGUAAGCUGACAUACAACGAUCUUUGGAACCAAGAAAUGACCGAAAAAUUGUCUAAUUUUAUGAAACUAUUCCGAAAGGCAUAGAUUACAUUAAAUAGUUCUUUGCUAAUGCAUAUCCAUGUAAAGAACCACAAAAGCUUGCAUAAUAAACACAUGUUUUAUGACAGGAAUAAACCUAUUUCAAAUUUUUCGUAGCGAUUCUAAACAUGCCUUAUUAUUCUAGAUAAUUUUGCCAAACAAAGAAGUGUUAAUAUGGAAUACAAGACUAAUUUUUUUGGUAGAGGUUCUAAACAUGCCUUAUAAUUCUAGAUAAUUUUGCCAAAGAAAGCGGUGAUAACGUGGAAUACAAGACUAAAUACUAUAUACACAGUGGCAUCAAACUUUUGAGUCAAUAAUAGUGAUAUCGUCUAUGUAUUUGCUUCCUGGAAUCCAAGAGAAAUGGAUGGAAUACAAGGAAAUAGGAAAGACAUGGGAGGCAAAUUUCGACAGAAGAUAAUUAUGACCAGAAGGCUAAAUACUAUAUACACAGUGGCAUCGAACUUUUGAGUCAAUAACAGUGAUAUCCUCUAUAUAUCUGCUUCCUGGAAUCCAAGAGAAAUGGAUGAAAUACAAGGAAAAAGGAAAGACAUGGGAGGCAAAUUUCGAUAGGAAAUAAUUAUGACCAGAAGGCUAAAUACUAUGUAUACAGUGGCAUCAAACUUUUGAGUCAAUAACAAUGAUAUCUUCUAUGUUUCUGCGUCCUGGAAUCCAAGAGAAAUGGAUGAAAUAUAAGGAAACAGGAACAAAAUGGGAAGCAAAUUUCAACGAAAAACAAUUAUGACCAGAAAGAUAAAUACUAUAUACACAGUGAUAUCAAACUUUAGAGUCAAUAACAGUGAUAGGAAAUAAUUAUGACCAGAAGGCUAAAUACUAUAUACACAAUGGCAUCAAACUUUUAGGUCAAUAACAAUGUUAUUCUCUAUGUAUCUGCUUCCUGGAAUCCAAGAGAAAUGGAUGGAAUACAAGGAAACUGGAAAGACAUGGGAGGCAAAUUUCGAUCAAAAAUAAUUAUGACCAGACUAAAUUAUUUAUAAAAAAAGGCACUGCAGUACAAGCAAAUUUAUCUAAAAUAUUCAUAAUAAAUGAAGACACAAAUUAUAGCAUUAAAUUUUAGUAGCCACCAAUAGCUUCAUCUCUCAUCCCCACAACAUCACUUGAAGAGAGGGCAUUUUAACAUGAAAUAUGAAAUUUAACAUGCAACUAAGGAAUAGCUAGGGCUUUAGAGAUAAUAGUAAAAGGGAUUUGAGCCUACUACUUCUUGAUCCACUUGAAAUUGUAGGGUUGUAUCUUAGGAGCCUAAAAAACUUGCACAUAAAUGAUCUCCAAGAAAGUUUCUGAACUUACACUAAGCAACAAAAAUAAAAAAAAGUUAUGACUUGUCCUCUUUAGCUAACACAGAAAAUAAAGCCAAGAAACUGAACUUGUCCACAUUCCUCUUCACCACAAGAAACUUUCCUAUAUUCCACAUAUAUAGGAAAAGUACAUACGCUUAGAAGUAUAUACCAUAAUGCUUUAACUAAUACAUAAAACGAAAAAAAUGAGGAACUCAUCGGCCAAAACAGUAUCAGUAGGGCAAAAAACUCGCCCUAAACCAACAUCAGUCUCUUCACUCUCAGAACACGCACAAAAGAAGAGCUUUAUCCAAUCAAUACAGCAAAAAAUAGACUACCCAGUGUUUCUUAAUGAGAUUUGAGUUCGAUCAACGGAUCCUAAUACAUCAAAGGCGGCGGAUCUUUUGGUUCCAAAGGUGUCUACCCCAAAAGGCAAAGAAAAACAAAA